AUGCCUAGUCAAGAAGGAGAACCAUUGGUUCUUGAUCACCAACGGUUGAGGCAUAGGAAGGCCAAGUCUCGUGAAGUCAGCUCAAGAUUUCUGUCAUCACCAAGUUCAACUCCAUCAGUGGAAAAUGUGGUUAAUUCUCCAAACCAUAGUCCUUCUACUCUUCGACAAAAGCCCGGUAGAUCACCUACGGAUACUCGAAAGAAGAGCAACUUGGAUAGUACAGGGUUUAUGCGGGGGCUUUGGCCGUCAUCUUCACCAUCAUCUACAACUUCAACACAACCUUCAAAGUCCAAGAAUGGCACUCUUGCUGAAUGCAUUGGAAAUGAGAGACUAAUAGACCUUGCGCAGCGUAAGAACCCGGAGAAAUCAAAUAAUCCAUCGUUUCUGAAUAGGCAGAGAAGCUGUACAGAGUUUAAAAGAUUUGAGAAUGAAAACAAGAUUUGUAAAGAGAAUCAUAAGCCUCUUUUUGGUGCAUCAAUGCGUUAUACAGGGAAGUUUAAGUUUUCUCGAAAAUCAUCGAAUUCACCCUCAUCAUCAAAAUCACCUAACGUGUCUGAUGAUAAUAUAGCCCCUGGAAGGCUUUCAGUAGAUGAAACUGUGCUUCGAAGACGAAGAUCUGAUUGCUUGGCUGAUAUGGUGGUGGACUCAGAGUCUGAUCAGAGUGAAAUGCAUUCGGGCACGAGUUUUGAUUCUGCAGUUACUGGAAAAAGCUUUCCAGCGUCCUAUAUGGCACCAACUGUGAGUUCAAGAAUGUAUGGACUCGAAAUCCCAUCAAAGUAUUUGCAAGAUUCAUCGUUAAGGUCUCGUAGAUGGAGUUCAGAUUCUGGUACAGUUCAGAAGCCUGUAUCAGGAGACAAUUCGCCCAAAAUAUUUACUUUAAAGAAUGCAAUGAAGAGGUCCAAUUCACUGAAGGCUUAUGGCAGUGAGACAUCGAAAUUGGGAACAUCACCUUUGAGAUCUAGCUCACCUGCAGGGUCCGAAGAAAACAAGGGGAAGACAAUGUCGAAUAUGAAGCCUCCUACUAGUCCUUCAAAAGUUAAGGGAGUUGGAAAUCUGCUUACCAUGGGUCUUGAAUUGUUGAAGGGAAAGAAACACUCUCCAGGUGUCUCAUCACCUCUAGGAUUAGGCAUAGGGGAGAGUGUUCAUCAAUUACGUAUGUUUCAUAGUAGGUUGGUGCAGUGGAGGUAUGCAAAUGCCAGAGCUGAGGUUGUCAACUCAAAAAUCACUAAACAAUCUGAGAGCAACUUAAUAUAUGCUUGGAACGGUAUAGCAAAGUUGCAACACUCUGUCAGACAGAAGAAAUUGCGGCUAGAGAGAGAGAAACAAGAGAUGAAACUAAAUUACGUUCUUCAAUCUCAAAUCAAGUCACUGGAAGCAUGGGGUUCUAUGGAGAGGCAACAUAAAUCAGCAGUAAAUGUGACCAAAGAAUGUUUGCAGUCUGCUGUUUGUAAGGUACCCCUUGUGGAAGGGGCAAAGAUAGAACCACAAUCACUCUCUAUGGUUCUUCGAGCUGCAUCAGAUCUCACUUCAUCAAUCAAGUUGACAAAUUCUAAGUUUCCGGCUAUGGCUGACAAGACAGCGACAGCGUGUAGAGAGCUAGCAGAGAUAGUCACACAAGAAAAAUUGUUGUUAGAAGAGUGCUUGGAGCUUUUCAAGUUCAUUUCUGCCUUAGAGGCUUUGCUUUUGUCACCUUCUCUUCUUCCCUCAACUUUUCAUGAGUAUGAAAAUAGCCAUUGGCGAUUACAUGCUUACCUAGGGAGAGAAGAGAGAAGGUUAGGACAAGGCAAAUCCUCCCUGUGUGGAAAUCCUGCUUUCACAGGAGAACCUAAUUUGGCAAAGAGAGGAGGAAUUGUGCCCAGAGAGUAG